CCUCAUGGACUCCCCCACCGCCAACGCCUCAUCCUCCCUCGGCGAGGGAGAAGCAGGGGGUGAGGCGGAGCGGGACGGUGAUGCGGCGCGAGACCCCACCUGCAAGUCGAGAGUGGUACUUUCGCUGCGGCGGCUAUUGAGGCGGGGUUGCGGCGUGGGCGGCGGACCCUCCUCCAUCUUCACCAGCCUUUCGCCCAAGUGCCAAUCGGUCGCCGGGGCCAGCGGACGAAUCCGGCCAAUUAGUCCGGAUUCCUCCAGCCAAGCCCCGCCCAGGAGGAUUGGCAACUUUUUCCAGCUGAAGGUAGACAUCCCCCCGGAGUGUCGGAUCUACCCCAUCGAAUCCGAGGACGAAGACGACGAGAACCGAGCCUUGGGGGCCAAGGAGAUCAUCUGCCCCUGGGAGAGCCUCACCCCUCACAACGGGACUGGCUAAAACAAAGACAAUAAAGGUACCGAAAGGAUUUUUUUUUUCUUUCAGCCUUUUUGUAACAUUCCACCAAAAAAAAAAAAAAAUGGCAUCAAACUUGCCCUCUAAUGUUUGAACGUCUGAAAAGCAUUUCAAAAUGAAUUGUAGCGUUCACAUUCAAACUUCAUUCCGAGUAGCCCCACUGCAGCCUUAUUGAUAAUUAUACGCCUUAUUUAGCUUUUGCCUUACACUGCGUACCGGUAAUUAUAUCAAUUGAAAAACAAACUUACUUUAUUGAUAUUGAAUGGAGGGACUCUAAUUAUAAAGCACCAAAGAUAACAUUUGGACUGAGCCCUUAUUUAUUGUUAUUUAUUUAUUGUUGCCUUCCAAUGAAAAACAUGCACAUUUUGUGAGUUUUUUUCUUUUAUUAACUAAAAUUAUUCAAUAAAUGAAAAAAAAUGGAAGUUCUUUUAUUUUUAUAUAUUUUUUUAAUAAUAAGAAUAAACUCCAACAUGUGUAGAUACAGUGUUCCCCUGCUAUAUCUGUUGUUUAAAAAGAGUGUUAAGUUUAAACGUGAAAGCAUGUGAGAAUUGCGAAAUAAUAUUAGCGUUUUUUAAAUAUGAUAUCUCUAUAUUUCAAAUUUGUAUCUGCUUAAACUGGGGGUUGACUGUACACGUUUUUCAUUGGUAAUAAUGUACAUUGAGACGAGUUCUUGUACACAUGGUGAAGUCAUUUUAGCAACAUGUAGUUUUUAAUGUGGCGCUGUUUUUGUACUUUAGCAAUGUUCCGGUGCUUGGCGUGAGCAACGCUAGUAUGUUUACAAAUUAAAAAAUGUACAUUUUUAUUUAAAUGGUGUGCUGUUUGACGGGUACAUUCCACAACUUGUGUCAAGUGCCUCUAUGAGUAUGUGAAUAAAUAACUUGUGUCCUUAA